CGUAAAAUAGCCCUUCGUCUACCAUAGAUAGGUUAUUGGUUUAAUAUUUGGCGCAAAACUGGUCUGACUGGAAAACUGUUGCAUAAUUUAUUUUGGAAGUUGAAAGUUUGUGUUAUUUGUUUUACUAGUACUUCGGUAUAUCUUGCUCCUUUUAUGUUUCAGUGUUUAUAGUAACAUAUCUUACUACUUUUUAUCAUAGGUUUACUAUUGUUUUUGAAUUGACAUGGCUAAGAAGGCUGGAAAUAAAGAUUAUGAUGCAGUGAAAGAAAAACUAAAGGAAUUCCUUCAAGAAUUUUAUACUGUGAAUAAUGAGGGAAAGAAAGUUUUCAAGUAUGCUGCCCAGUUAACUCAACUGGCACACAGAGAACAGGUUGCACUUUAUGUUGAGUUGGAUGAUCUUGAUACCUUUGAUUCUGAUUUGGCAGAGAAUGUGCUCAACAAUACAAGACGUUACUCCAAUAUUCUCUCUGAGAUUAUUUAUGAGUUACUGCCGUCCUAUAAAGUGAAAGAGGUAACUGCAAAAGAUGCCUUGGACAUUUACAUAGAACAUAGAGUGCUAAUGGAGCAGCGGAUGAGGCACCCUGGAGAAGUUAGGAAUCCCAACAAUAAGUAUCCAACAGAACUUAUGAAACGAUUUGAGAUAUAUUUUUUGGACCGCUCAACUCGCAAGCCUGUGCCGAUCCGUGAUGUGAAGGCGGACUACGUGGGCAAGCUGGUGACUGUACGAGGUGUGGUCACUCGAUGCACUGAGGUCAAACCCAUGAUGGUGGUGGCUACUUACACCUGUGAUCAUUGUGGUGCAGAGACUUAUCAACUUGUAAACUCGCUGUCAUUCAUGCCCAUUGUGAUGUGUCCAAGUGAUGACUGCCGAAUAAACAAAUCUGGAGGUCGCUUGUAUUUACAGUCACGUGGCUCAAAGUUUAUCAAGUUCCAGGAAAUUAAGAUCCAAGAGCAUAGCGAUGAGGUGCCAGUAGGUAACAUUCCUCGGCCAAUGACCGUCUUUUGUCGAGGAGAGACUACACGUCAGUGUUUGCCUGGUGAUCACGUCACUAUCACAGGAGUGUUCUUGCCACUGUUGCGCUCUGGCUUUCGUCAGAUAUCUCAGGGACUACUCUCAGAUACAUAUUUUGAGGCUCAUAAAGUACAGUCACACAGCAAGGUGGAGGACAGUGCAGCAGCUGGAGAGCUGAGUCAAGAGGAAAUACACCAACUGGUCGGGGACGAUUUCUAUUCCAAACUGGCAGCCAGUCUCGCACCAGAGAUCUACGGGCAUGAAGAUGUUAAGAAAGCCUUGUUAUUGUUGCUUGUAGGAGGUGUUGACCGCAGUCCUGAAGGCAUGAAGAUUAGAGGGAAUAUAAACAUCUGUUUGAUGGGAGACCCUGGAGUGGCCAAGUCACAGCUACUGUCGUACAUAGAAAGGCUGGCUAGACGCAGUCAGUACACGACUGGCCGGGGCUCAAGCGGUGUGGGGCUGACGGCUGCAGUGCUCAAGGAUCCUCUCACAGGUGAGAUGGUACUAGAAGGAGGAGCACUCGUUCUGGCUGAUCUGGGCAUCUGCUGCAUUGACGAGUUCGACAAGAUGGCCGACUACGACCGUACAGCCAUUCACGAGGUCAUGGAACAACAGACCAUCAGCAUUGCCAAGGCCGGUAUAAUGACACGAUUGAAUGCAAGGGUCAGUAUCCUUGCAGCAGCUAACCCUGCAUAUGGCCGCUACGAUCCCAAGCGUUCUGUGGAACACAAUAUCCAACUACCAGCUGCUCUACUCUCUCGGUUUGACUUGCUGUGGCUCAUCCAAGAUAAGGCAGACAGGGACACAGACCUCAGGUUGGCACAACACAUAACUUACGUGCAUCAACAUUGUAAGCAACCCCCAGCACAGUUCACGGCCCUGGACAUGGGUCUGAUGCGGCGUUACAUCGAUCUGUGUAAGCGCAAGAACCCAGCAGUACCGCCAACCCUUACUGACUACAUUGUUGAUGCUUAUGUUGAGAUGCGCAAAGAUGCACGUAAUAACAAGGAUAUGACAUUCACAUCAGCACGUAACCUGCUGGCCAUUCUACGCCUAUCGACAGCCCUGGCCCGACUGCGGCUCAGUGAUCAAGUGGAGAGAGAAGAUGUGGGAGAAGCUAUGCGGCUGCUGGAGAUGUCCAAGAUCUCACUUGCCCAGUCUGAAGACAGAGGAGGCCGUGCACAGUCAGUGGUGGAUAAAAUCUUCAGUGUUAUUAGAGAGUUAGCUGGUGGUAAGAAGACUGUAAAGCUUUCUGAAAUUCGAGAACAGUGUACCAGCAAGGGCUACCAACCCGAUCAUGUGGAGGAAUGCAUUGAACAGUAUGAAGAACUCAAUGUGUGGCAGGUCAACCAGGCACGCACAACCAUUACUUUUGUGUGAAUUGUUCAUCGUAUUAUUCUGUUAUUGUAAUUUUUAUUUCAUUAAAUUAUGUAUUAUUUUUACUGAAUAAAACUCAUACCUUCUGAAUAUUGUUGUGUCAUGCUGUAUAUGCACAUGGAGUUAAUGUUGUUUAAUUUUGGUGUAUUUUUAGUGAGCAUUCCUUAUACAAAUUUUAAUUUAUUAAAGCGUAUUAAAAGUUAA